AUGUCGGCCGAUUGUGCUUGCCGCCUCAAGUGUUUUGUUUUGACUACGGUUACUCUCGCCCUCCUCUCUUGGGUCUCGCCCACGCCGCAAGCUGCGUCGCGGUCAGUCUGUCAGGACGCCACCACGCUGCUGUUCGCUGCACACGAUAUGCCAGAAACAGUGUCCCUCAAAAUGCUGUGGGUCCAGUUGGCACAUAUCUUCAGGAGGAAGGCGGGGCAGGGUGUGCUGUGGAAAUGGUGGCUGGUCACGAUGCUGGUGGUGGUGUGUGUCUUUGUCCUCCUGCUGGUGUUCUCGUUGAGGACUCCUAGGACAGAGCUGAGGGAGCCGCCCAGGGCCGACUCAUUACUGGCGCUGCAAAGGAUCCUCGGUUUGUUGGAUCCUCGCUUUGUGCAGCAGGUGGCACCGAGUGAGCAGCUCCAGGAGAGCCUCCUGGCGGUGGACGGUGAUGGAAAUGACAGCGGCAACUUGGAGGUGUGUCCUGAGCGGUACCUGGGACCCGCCCACGACCCACCCUACCACACCCACGCCUUCACUUCAGAUUGUGACAACCAGGUUGCUCUCGCUGAGUUGGUCACCAUAGCCCUGGACGCUAGCGGGUUCGCCCCUUCACUGCUGCAGCUCCUCCUCCAGGACAUCUUCAGGUACAGGACUGUCCCCGUGGUAGUAGCGGUGUCGUCCAACGAUGCUGCUCAGGCUGCCAGGAAGUUUAAGCACGUGAAGGUGCUGCGGGUCGGUACCAGCACCCCUACCGCCGUCAGGUGGACUCGCAUCCUGAAGAUAGUGAACACUAAAUACGUCCUAGUGGGUCGUCACAUCAUCUCCUUCUCCCCUUUCUCAGACCUCCAGAGGCUUUUAAGAGUCUUUCGCAUGACUCCUGACGUUGCCUUCGUCAGCGCCGCCACCAGAAGCGAGCAGGGGAACUGGAAGGUAGCGUGUUACCAAUCUCGCUUGGAAUUGUUUGGCUUUACGCUCAAGGAAGGGUACGCCAGCUCUGUGUUUGAGUGCAUGUACUGUGACGCGGUGGGCGGCCCCUUUUUGACCACGCUAGCCAUGUUUAAAGAAACGCCCCUUGACACACGUCUCCCAGACGACGUCUUCUUUAGUGACUGGUUCAUGCGGAUUCAUGGUGAUGGUAAACUGGGCACUCUCUGCCCAGAUGUUUUGUUUUUUACAAGUGAGAGCCGCAACCAUCCCUGGGAAAAGCGCGAGUCCUGGGCCGCUAUCGCUAAAAAGUGGGGCGUGACAGACAUCCACCUGCCGGGUCACACCGAGCAUCACUUCUCCUGUCUGGUUGCUAGGCUAGACUGCGGCGCGCUGAAGCACCAGCACUUAGCCGCUCCUCCUUGCUGUCUGGCUCGUCUAGGCUUCAUGCUCAGCGAUAUGAUCCACGCCCUCGAAAGUCUGUACAUUAAGGUGCACUUAGCUAACGUGACGGUUGUUGACAGCGUCAAGGGAGGCCUACAACCCUGGGUAGACGACGUCCACCUGGCUGUGAGGAACACCACUCACGACUUCACACUGGUAGUAACACUCUUAAAGACUCGCGGGUUUACUGUGAACUAUGACAAGAUGUCAGGCGAGUAUCAUGUUCAGGCUUUCUCACACAACGUAGUAUUACAUCCUUGCUCUGUUGACUUGGAGUCUGAUCUUCCUCCCACUCAGAAGCAAGUGUCAACGAGAUUAACUAUCGGAAGCGCCACUCUCCCGGCACCCCCUAACCCAGGUCUAUACGCCCGUGGCCUGCUAGGUCCGGGGAGCCUCCUUCACCGUCCCUUAGGGGAAGGUUGGCCCCCGUGUCUCGUGCCAGGUCACCACGCCUGCUUGAACCACCUCCCUGUGGAUGGCACCGUUAUCAGACUGGAGGCCCGUUCCCCUUGAUGGCACCUUCAGGAGGCGCGUCACUGGUCACCACCUCACAACACUGCGGGGGGACAAGUGGUGUCUGUUGUGAUCUGAGCAGCAAUAGUAUUUUGUUAGGCUAACAUGUACGACCAGUCAACACAUGAAGCGGGAAGUAGGACAUCAAGAAACUCGCCGCAUUCUUGGGGCAGUUCAGUACACGCUUUGUAAACCUUCACGCUGAGUGCUGAGCCAAGGAUUGUUGUGCGGCAGCGUCUCGCGCGGCGCUUAUCAGAGGCUCACCCCUUGCCUGGCCAGCGGUGUGUCCUCGGGUUAUCUUGAGUCAUCGACGCCAUCAGGGUGUGACAUUAAUCGUCAAGACUCAAGGAUUCUGUGAUAGCAGCGUGAUUCACGGUCCGUAUCGUGAGAACCAAGAGCUUCGCUGACCUUCCUGCCGCUCAAGGUUGUGGCUCCCGUGGCACCACACGUCCACCUCACCUGCCUAUCCCUCCCCCCUUCACACCCCUUUACCUGCCCCUCACGCCCCUUCACCCGCUCCCCACACCCCUUCAGCAGACUUUCAGCCACUAAACACAUCUUUCGCUUGGUUAAUGGAAUUUUGAGAGAUAUUAGGAGUGUUUUUGAUCAUUUCCAUCUUGAGAUAUUGGUGGUUAGCCUUCUUGUCCCCGACCACCCCCGUCUCGCUGUCCAUACUGGUCCUGUAUCUCCCCUCCUUGCCUCACCAACCUUCGUGUUUCUCUUUGUUCCUCCUGCUUGUGUUUCCCUUAUUUCUACUACUACUACUACUACAAUAUCUACUUCGUUUACUACUACUUCUUCUUUUACAACAACAACGACAACGACAACGACAACAACAACAACAACAACAACAACAACAACAACAACAACAACAACUACAACUACUACUACUACUACUACUACUACUACUACUACUACUGAAUGUCGUCGCCAUGCAAAGUGAAGGAAGCAGUUCUCCAAUAUCACUCUCGUGGGAAACAGCCUCUUGAGUUUGCUGAUAAGUCUUACAAGUACUCGAUCUUAUCACGAAAGCAUUGAUGUUUUGGUGAAUUUUCCUCUGCACUGUAUGGCAUAGAAUUCAGUAGCGAUGAUAUUAGGAUGUCUUUUACUGUUAUCUGUAGAGAGAGAGAGAGAGAGAGAGAGAGAGAGAGAGAGAGAGAGAGAGAGAGAGAGAGAGAGAGAGAGAGAUUCACACUGAUGAACCUCACAUAGCAAAAUGAUAAACGAAAGGAAAGAAAAAAAAAUCUUCGUUAAUUGCACCAUGUGAUGAGAGAGAGAGAGAGAGAGAGAGAGAGAGAGAGAGAGAGAGAGAGAGAGAGAGAGAGAGAGAGAGAGAGAGAGAGAGAGAGAGAGAGAGAGAGAGAA